UUGGUUUUUGCUCUGACGUGCACUGUCAACUGUGGGACCAACAGGUGUGCCUUUCCAAAUCAUGUCCAAUCAAUUUAAUUUACCACAGGUAGACUCCAGUGAAGGUGUAGAAACAUCUCAAGGAUCAUCAAUGAAAUAGGAUGCACCCGAGCUUAAUUUCAAGUCUCAUAGCAAAGCGUCUGAAUACUUAUGUAAAUAAGGUUUUUCUGUUAGACUUUUAAUACAUUCGCAAGAAUUUCUUAACCUGUUUUCGCUUUGUCAUUAUGAGGUAUUGUGUUAAUUUUAGAAUAAGGAUGUAACGUAACAAAAUGGGAAAAGUAAAGGGGUCUGAAUACUUUCCGAAUGCACUAUACAUACCAGGGCUACAGUGUCAUUACCAUGGAAAUACAACUAUAUCUAUAUGGCUUACAGCAUGAAACCAGAGUAAAAUUAUUUCCACCAGUCGGGACCGGCAGGGGCGAACUGGCCAUCUGGCAUUUGAGCCAAAUGCCUGAUGGGCUGGUCCAUUUUUGGUCCACUGGGCCUGUCUAACUAGUUACUUUUUUUUGUUUGCAAAAUGAUCAUUACUUGGCUUAUAAUGGGGGCCUCGAGGAAAAAAUGGGCUGGUGGGGGGGCCUUGGAUAAUAGGCCGAUGUGUCAAAUACCAGUCCGCCCCUGGGGACCGGUAUUUGUAAGAGCUUUUAUACACUGAACACUAAUUGUUUUAUUACUUUUAGGGGAGAAAUCAUUGACAUGGCGUCAUUAAACGGCAUUCAGUGCUCCUUUUUUUAUCUUCAUGUAGCCUACAGUAUAUUGUAUUGGGAUGAAAUGUGUGUUGUAUGCAGCUAGUUGUUGGUACAUUAACCCACCCUGGCUACUUUGAUGGUUUUUCAAAGUGAAUGGACUAUUUGAACUAAACCUAAACUAUGCUUUUCCUCUAGCUGGGCUUGCUGUUGGUCAUAGCUAGCUGUUGGAUUCUUACUUUAAAUUGCAUUCCAAAUAGAUGGAUUUAUUGAUGAAAGAAUUUGUAUUAAUCAAUGAAUGUCUAUGUUAAGUCAAACAUACGGAAGUUGUUACUCUGUUUACAAGUCUGCUCUUCAGUCUGUAAACUGCCGCUCAACAUGUUGUAUACAGUACCAGUACAUUCUUUGUGAGGUAUUUUUUUCACUUUGUCAUUGCAGAGUAUUUUGUGUAGAGAGGUGAGGGGGAUUUUUCUUUUUGUCCAUUUUGAAUUUAGGCUGCAACACAAUUUGUUUUUGUUAAGUCAAGUGGUAUGAAUCCUUUCUGAAGGCACUGUAGGUAACACAAGGCAAGUUUGAGGUCUGUGUUGGUCUAUACAGUUAUCCCUUUGUACAAUAAAACUAUUAUUAUGUAUACUGUUUAUUGUUGAAAUGACCAAUGGGUGGCUGCUGCACUCCCUUAAAGAAUGGAGUGCAGCAGACCACAACUCAUUCCAUGGGUGUUGGGUGAAGUGUGAUCGAUGGCACACAUGUUUACUACACUGACAGCCAUGUUCUUUGACCAAACAGGGCCAUAACAUUGUCCCAAAGUGCACUUUCACCCCCCCCCCCAUUAGGGAUUUAAAAGCAUUUGAUUGGUGGUUAUGAUGAGCACUAGCUGUAUGCAGCACCACCAACUCUUAGUGAAGUGGUAAAUGGAGAACAGGAGUUCCAAAUCUUAGCCUUUUUUCAAUUGCGAAAUCUACCGCGAAGAGUUUUGAAAUCUGCCACAUCCCCUUUGAAUCAGCCAUUAUUUUCUCAUGUAGAAUAGCAUGCCCACAUUUAGAAACGAUACACAACUUAUCCUUUUAUAUAUAAAAUAUGUAGCAUAACUAGCUACAUUUCUUUUGACCACUACACACAUGUAUUUUUGGGGAUCUUCCUCUGUAAAUGUAACUUUCCUGAUGACAUGCUAGUGGGACAGGAGAGUCAUUUCAUACAAGCACAUAUGUUUUCUCUACUCAACUAACUUUGACCUUUUCCAAAAGGAGGCGAUGAGAGGACGCAAGGAAUAGAGCAAUCCAAUUGAGAUUCUCCCAGUGUGUUUAUGGUGGAGGAAAGCAUGAGAUCUUCAAAGCCUUUGAGAAGGAAUGACUGACCCUUGGACCAACGCCUGUCUCUAACAAUGAUCAGCCAAUGAGAGAGCAGGGGAGCUGAAUGACCCAUGAGUUUAAUUACUGUAUCGGAUACCUGUGUCAAGUAUACGUAUGGACCUAUGUUAUGAUCAUUUAUGUGCCUAUAUGAAUUCAGUUUCUACAAUGUCACGGAGAUCUUGGAUUGAAGAUACCUUCUGCAAGAGAGCAUGUGGUAAAUUCAUCCCAGCAUGUCGAGACCUACACAGAUGUUUUCCAAUGUGUCAAGUAUGCCAAAACCUAAUAAGAUGCUGCUGUGGACGUCUGGUAGGGGAGCACACCUUACUGGAGACUGGCCCUUCCAUGUUCAGCUGGCCUGGGCCUGGGACAGGGCAGCAAGAGGAGUGGUCAGUGGAGUCCCACACACAAACCAGUGCCACUGAUGCCUAUGGAACCAUUGACUUCCAGGACAGUGCUGGACGUAACUGCCAUGCCAAGUAUGUUCGUGUUGCGGUCGAUGCCAAGGCUGAGGCUCUGCUGCAGCUGAUGCGGAGUGAAUGGCAGAUGGAACGGCCUAAACUACUGCUGACGGUUCAUGGGGGGACAGAGAACUUCCCCCUCCCUCUCAAGGUUAGACAGGCCUUCAGCAAAGGCCUGAUCACAGCAGCCCAGAGCACUGGAGCCUGGAUACUCACAGACGGCAUCAACACAGGUGUGUCCCGGUACGUAGGGGAGGCUGUGAAAACAUAUGGCACCCAUGACCUCAGGAAGAGGAACGCUGUAGGGGUCACGCCCUGGGGUGUAAUUGACAAUCACAGUGACCUUAUAGGGAGAGAUGUGCUCAGGCCCUACCAGCCUCUGGGAAACCCCUUGAGUAAGAGGGUGUGUCUGAACGGCCUGCACUCCCACUUCUUGUUAGUGGACGAUGGAACUCUGGGAAAACAUGGCUGCCAGCUGGGACUCAGGAGGAAGCUGGAGAGGCACAUUCAACUGCAGAAGAUCCACCCUCGGUUUAACCAGGGUGUGCCAGUGGUGUGUGUGGUGGUGGAGGGCGGCCUUGACAUUGUGUCCAUGGUGCUGGAGUACGUGAGCAGUGUGCCCCCCCGUGCCUGUGUUUGUCUUCGAGGGAUCAGGUCGGGCAGCUGACCUGCUGGCAUUCUUACACAAACAGACUGCUAUUGACAGGCAGCUGGACACAGACAUCCAGGAGGACUUUCUGCUGAGGAUAGGGGGCAUGUUUGGUCUGGAGAGAGCAGACGCCAGCCAGCUCUACGACCUUCUGAUGGAGUGUAUGGACUACAGACAGUCU